AUGAGAAAGUCAAGUCCGCUAAGUUUGGCCGUCAGUCAUGGUUUGAUUGAUUGUGUGCGCCUACUGUUGAAUGCGGGUUCCGAUCCCAACCGACUGUCCACCGAUAGUAUCGGUCGAAAUGAGACACCCUUGUGCUCUGUUGUCCGGUUAGGAAAGUUAGAUCUAUUAAAUAUUUUGCUCGACUGUCCCGACAUUGACGUCAAUGUAACCGAUUUUUUUGGUCAAACCCCGGUAUGGCUGGCCGUUCGCGAGCGACGACCAUAUUUUGUUGACCAACUCAUACGACAUCAGAGUUUUUCGAUGAAUUGCCAGAGUUUUCUCAAACGAGAUACAAAUCCGUUGUAUUUAUCAGCAAAAUAUAUAAAUCAGGGAAGAGUUGACUGUUUUAAGACAUUGUUGAACAUUGGGUUUGUUGUCGACGAAGAUGUGUUGCGUUUGGCAUCAAAAUGUAAUGACCAGACGGUUCAGGUGAUGGUUAAAAACUGUUCAAAUAUUAAUUGUCAAUUGACUGGACAUCGAGUAGCAGUAGUAGUGCCGACAUUGAAACAGUUGUGUCGAUCAAAAAUACGUGAUAUUUAUCUAACGAUUACUAGUAGUAAACCAAUAAAUUUUGAUAAUUUACAA